AUGAACGAUACCGACACUUCGAGCAGCAUCAGCGCGACGGUGGAACUGUUCCAGCUGGUCAUGUACACUCCCAUCUUUACCCUGGGGCUGCUGUUCAACGUGAUGGCUCUGUCAUUCCUGUUUUUUAAGGUUAAAAAGCUCACUGAAUCUACAGUGUACAUGGUAGCCCUCAUUUUCCUGGAUACUUUGCUGCUGUUUACUCUUCCUUUCAAAAUCAUUUCCUAUCACCUUCAGAACAACUGGAGCUUGGGGUCCGUGUUUUGCUCGUUCUUGGAAAGCCUGUACUUUGUAAACAUGUACGGCAGCAUCCUCAUCUCCCUCUGCAUCUGCGUAGACCGGUACGUCGCCAUCCGGCACCCGUUUGUGGCUCUGAGGCUGCGAUCCACCAAGAAAGCUGCUCUGGUCUGUGCCCUCAUCUGCCUGGGCACCUCGGCCGGCACCGCUGCUACCUUCCAGCUACACGGGCAGGACCACAACUUCUCAUCCUGCUUCCAUAACUUCUCCAAAAGUACGUGGGAAAACCAAGGAUUGUUCAGUGCCUUGGAGACCACCUUCCUUUGCAGCAUGGUGACCAUGACCUUCUGCACCAUCCAGACCCUCAGAUGUUUGAGAAAGCUCAAAAGCACUGACAGCUCCCCAAUAAACACAAAGAGAGCAGAGAAGAUAGUGGUGACAAACCUCGUCACCUUUUUGGUCUGCUUCACUCCUUACCACGUGGCAUUCCUCUUGUAUUUCUUGGUGAAGAACAACAUCAUUCACAGCAGUCUUCAGCAAGCCCUACGAGCCGUCCUUCAGAUCACACUUUGCUGGGCCAACCUGAACUGCUGUCUGGAUGGGAUCUGUUAUUAUUUUGUCCUAAAGGAGUCUUUGGAAGACUCAGUGCAGAGUCAGAAAGCAGCGAGGCGCGGGCUCUGA